UGCAUGCACCUUGUUGAUUUAUUUGACUGUUUAAUUAUGGGGUCUUGUUUGCUGAUUUCUCACAAACUUUUUGAUUCAAGUUAACUUUAGGUGCUAUGAGGUAAUGAAGUUCUUCCUCAUAAAUCAGGAGCGAGAGGGGAAAUAAGGAGCUUCUUUCAAUCCAAGAAGAAGUUGAAUUGGAAAAGAAGAUAAAAAGGAAAACUUUCAUGUUUUUUGGCUUAGCACCUUGAUGUCUGGUCUGCUUUGAGCUUGUGAUAAAAAGUGAUUCUAGAGGGCUUGUUGCCAAUGUGUUGUUGAAUGAGUUUUUUGGAUAAAGAAGGAUAUAAUUGGAAUAGAAGAGUACAAGAUGCUGAAUAGGGUCUAAUAAAUUCUAAUAUAUCUUAUGGAUAGUGAUUCCCCUUGAAACACAAGUUUGGACUUUGGAUCCAUAUUCUCUUAUGUCAUACAUUACCCAUUUCAGCUACCUUGUUUCUCUUUAAGGGAGAAUAAUUGAGUUAUUCUAGUUUUUGAAAGCUUUUCUUGGCUUUUUUCUGAGUUUAUUUUGAGAGAAGUGACUUAAACAGUGAAUUUUAAUUUAGGGAUUUGAAUUUGGGUUAGUGCUAGGAAGAGAAGGGGUACUGAUGGAAGAGAUGUUUCCAACACUUGCUGUAUCGUAUAAACAAGGAAAACUGAUAUACGAUGAAUCAAUACUACCCUCAUGUAUGGACUUCAGUGGAUAUGAGCUGGUGCCAAGCACAACUAGCUUGUGCAAACUUCCUUCGGUCUCCGUUGCUAAUCAUAGAGUGCCAAGAGACAAAGCUAACCUUAUGACAGUUGCUGAUUGCCAUGAAAUCAGGAAAGGAAACAAUUUUUCUUCGACAGUAAUAGCUAACGGGAAUUGUUUGAUUGCUACUGAUGUAAAGAAUGAUAGAUCUGUGGGCAACAAUUUGAUUUCACCAGCUGAUGAGCUUUUAGGAAAUAUGACUUGUUCUAAUUAUCUAGUGGAUGAGCACAGGGGCAUGCCAAGCCAAGAAUGUACAGAUUUAGAGGUUAAGUCUGGGAGAACUUCUCCUGGAGAUGAAGACAAGAAGAUUGGUGUAUCCCAGACUCUGAGAAAGUCUUAUUCAUGUGAUUUGGCUAAUGUGUUGGUUAAUGAGUCAGAACUUGUAAGUGAUCCUGCUUCCACUGGAAUGAACGGUGUGGUUGUGGGUGCUGAAGAUUAUAAAAGAAAAUUAUCACCAUCCCUUCUUGAGACCUCACAUGAGAUAAAGAUAAGUAGGCCAAAUGCCCUUUGUUUUGAUUCUGUGCCACUUUGGGGGCUCACCAUGAUUCAAGGGAAGAGGCCGGAGAUGGAAGAUACUGCUAUAGCUUUACCGAGGUUCCUGAGAAUCCCUUCUCAAAUGUUGACGGAUUCCCCAGUUUCUCAUGCCCUGAGUCAAACACUUACAGCCCAUUUAUUUGGGGUGUAUGAUGGACAUGGAGGCUCUCAGGUUGCUAGUUAUUGUCAUGAGCGUCUACAUAUGGCUUUAGCACACGAGAUAGAUAUUGUGAAAGAGGUUUCACAUAAUGUAAGUGUCAACUGGAAGGAGCAAUGGUCAAAGGCUUUCUUGAAUUGUUUCUGUAGAGUCGAUGAUGAGGUAGGAGGAUUCUGUAGUGAAACAGAUGGGAUUGAGCCUGACCUUUCAGCCAUUGCUCCUGAAUCAGUUGGAUCUACAGCUGUAGUUGCUCUUGUUAGUCCAACCCAUAUUAUUGUUGCGAAUUGUGGUGAUUCAAGGGCAGUCCUUUGUCGGGGAAAACUGCCCAUGCCAUUAUCCAUUGACCAUAAGCCAAAUAGGGAAGAUGAGUGUUCACGAAUAGAAGAACUGGGAGGAAAGGUCAUUAAUUGGGAUGGAUAUCGUGUUUCUGGUGUUCUUGCAGUUUCAAGGUCAAUUGGUGAUAGAUAUUUAAGGCCUUAUGUUAUUCCAGAUCCAGAAAUGAUGUUUGUACCCCGAGCAAAAGAAGACGACUGCCUAAUUUUAGCAAGUGAUGGCCUAUGGGAUGUCUUGACAAAUGAAGAAGCCUGUGAUGUAGCACGGAGACGGAUUCUUCUCUGGCACAAAAAGAACGGUGGUACUUUUACUAACGAAAGGGGUGAAAAUGUUGAUCCUGCUGCUCAGGAUGCUGCAGAGUACCUGACACGACUUGCACUCCAAAGAGGCAGCAGAGAUAAUAUAUCUGUGAUUGUGGUAGACUUGAAGGCACAGAGGAAAUUCAAGAAGAAAAUGUACACUAAACCAUCCUUGCAUUUCAUUUAAUUUUUGGAUGUAACAUUGUAAAGUUGCAUCCAAGCAUGAUAAUCAAAUUAAAUAGCACUCGAUAUUGCAGAUUUUAGUUUCCUUUUUAGGGUGUUACCACACAGGAUUAACAAUGUCGCACUUAAUAUUUACUAAUGCUGGAGUAAAUGACUACGAUGGAAGUUCCAACAAUAAAAUUCAGCAAAGUUGGUACAAAGAGCAACCACAGACUUGCAGCAGAUCGUUUAUCUCAAUGACACUGUAAUUUUGUGCGCCAUGCAUGUCUUCCGGAACUGUGUCACUGAACAGUCUUUAUAAAUGACUAGACUAGUAGAAAGGCGGUUCACGUAA